AUGUAUUAUCAUCCUCGGACACAGCAGUCAUUGAGCUUUUUGCGCCAGGGAGAGACCGGUCGGGGUAGUGAAAUUGAGGAAGCAUGCAAAUUGGACCAGAACCUGGACAAUCGAGACGACUUCACUUUCGCAAAGCUCUCUGAUCUCAAGCUCCCUGUCAUUUUUCACAUUUCUCAGUUAGAGGGAUCAAUACCACAACUGUCUGUUUCAAAGCUACUUGAGAACCCAGAACUGAGAUUUCAUGGUUCACAAUCUUCGUGGAACGAAUGGAUAACAUUACCCAUUCGGUACUGCGACCUCCCAUCAAGUUUGACAUUGUGUCGGGGAAAACACUGCUUAUUGCUUUGGGUGUGUGAAGAAGCGGACAGCUCCAUGCAGACCGAAACUCCCAGUAAACUUGGCAUUAGGGAUGAAAUGGGUCGUUUAGAGAAGCUUGUGAAGAAAUACGAAUGUGGCGACUUGCUAAAGUCAGAUUGGUUAGACAACAUGGCUUUCAGAAAGAUGGAAGAUAUACAUGCCCACAAAGACUCAAAGAGGAUUGAAGGCAGAGACAGAAGUCAGAAUAUGUACCUUUAUGUCGACCUUCCACGAUUUGACUUUCCCUGCCCAGAAUCAGACAACAAUACCACUUGCACCUCCAGCUGCAGGUCAGACACCUCUCACACCUGUACUUCCCAGUCAGAUCCACACCUCUGGGCCAUCCUUGACCCCGAGAUUUCACACGAAAGCCCUGUGGAGGACAAGCAUCACCAGCUCGUAUGGAGUCACCAAAGUAGGCCAUACAACAGAGAGCUCAAGCCAAAUGCCAAGCUCAGAGAUGAACUUAAUGAAAUACUCAAUUAUGCACCCUCCCAGCCUCUCAACUCUGAGGAGAAAGACCUCAUCUGGAAGUUUCAUUUCUACCUCACAUGGGACAAGCGCGGGCUUACCAAUUUCCUCAAGUCUGUCACUUGGCGCAAUCCUUCAGAAGUGAAGCAAGCAGUGGAGGAGCUACUGCCAAUGUGGACAGAGGUUGACACAAAUGAUCCAUUGGAGCUCCUCGGACCAGGGACCGGGAACUCGAGAGUAAGAGUGUUUGCAGUACAGCAACUUAUCCGUGCAGAUGAUGAAGAGCUUUUGUUGUAUCUCUUGCAACUCAUACAGGCGCUCAAGUUUGAAAGUGCCGCUAGCGAACAGCGCUUGAACUUUUUGAUCGUACAUGGAGUACAAAACCAUAUACUGGGUAACCAGCUGUAUUGGUAUCUUAUAGUAGAAGUGGAGCUGGAGGAUAGGGUUGUGGCAAAAAUGUACGGGCGAGUGGUGUUCAAGUUUCUGAGCAAGAUUUUGGAGUCUGAGGAUGGCAGUGAAUGCCGUGAGCUCAUGCGACGCCAAGGCAUCCUUAAACUCCACACCUUCAUCAAUGACUCCAAGAAUGGGCUCGUCAACAUCCCUCCUCUGCCUCUGCCGCCAGUCUUCAAGUUGAAUCUCUACCCCUUCUUGUUAUAUUUCCAGUGUUCUGAUGGCACAGAGAAUCCUGUGAUUUUCAAAUAUGGUGAUGACAUGUGCCAGGUCCAGCUUGUCCCCCAGUUGUUCACACUCAUGGAUCAGUCGCUCAGGAAGGAGAAUUUGGAUCUGAAGCUCAUUCCUUAUGAUGUGCUGGUGACUGGGCCAUUGCAGGGUAUGGCACAGUUUAUCCCCAGCAAGACUAUCACAGCAAUUAUCAGUGAGAAUGGGAUGCUCUUCAACUAUUUGAGAGCGAAUAAUCCACAUGAGGGUGGCAUUGGAACGUAUGGGGUCGAGCCGAUGUUCUUAUUGAGCGUUUAUACUCAUGGGAAAUGUGUCAGUAAGUUUUUUCUCAGUAGAUCACUUUCUCACCUUUUUCCUUUUAUCCACAGCGUCAAACUCAUCGUAUCAUGGUGGGCUCUCUAUCCUGAGCAAUCUCUGUAUGUGCUUAGGUUUACUGUGGUGAAAUCAAUUAAUGUGUACAUAGCGCUGGUACUGGGCAUGUGUUUCUUUGCUGGUGGUCUCUGCUUUUCGGAACAAGGAUUUGGUCAAAGUAUGCAGUUCCUUGUUCUGAGUUGGUCCAGACUGUUGAUGCAUACGUCUAUGGCUUAG